AAGGCUUCGUCUGCUACUGAUUUACUUUCGUCACUUGCUAAAAUUUAAAUCCUAAACUUCAGCCUCCAUUUCUCUCGGAAUUUCUCUGUAUGAUCGUUCAGUUAACGUACUCUUAUGCAUAGAAUACGUGUAUAUACGAUACUUAUACGCCUACUGUACUAGGCUCCGAUGGAGAGCAUAACAACGACCACAAAAUCAGAGAGGCGAUGGAGAUCGAAGCCUCUGCAGAGCUCCAAACCUUCUCUAGUCAUGGCCUUCUUCUCUUGCCUCGCUUGGCUUUAUGUAGCCGGACGAUUGUGGCAAGAUGCUGAGAACAGAACAUUGCUUUCUAGUCUUCUUAAGAUGAAUUCAGCCCAGAGACCCAAGGUUCCUACUGUUGAAGAUAAGCUAGCUGACCUAGGAUGCAAAGAUCUCGAGAGGAGGAUUGUGGAGGCUGAGAUGGAGUUGACCUUGGCCAAGAGUCAAGGUUACCUCAAGAACCAGCUGCAGCAUAGUGGAUCUUCAGAUCGGAAGCUUCUUGCAGUUAUUGGAGUUUAUACUGGAUUUGGCAGUCGUUUAAAGCGAAAUAUGUUUAGAGGGUCAUGGAUGCCUAGAGGUGAUGCCUUGAAAAGACUCGAGGAAAGGGGAGUGAUGAUACGUUUUGUGAUUGGCCGGAGUGCUAAUCGGGGUGAUAGUUUGGAUCGCCAUAUUGAUUAUGAAAAUAUCUCAACAAAGGAUUUCUUGAUUCUUGAGGGUCAUGAGGAGGCAGAAGAAGAAUUGCCAAAGAAAGCAAAAUUCUUCUUUAGCACUGCAGCACAAAAUUGGGAUGCAGAAUUUUAUGUGAAAGUUGAUGACAAUAUAAAUCUUGAUCUUGAAGGGUUAAUUGGAAUUCUUGAACGCCGUCGUGGUCAAGAUAGCGCUUACAUUGGUUGCAUGAAGUCAGGAGAUGUGAUAACUGAAGAAGGAAAGCAAUGGUAUGAGUCUGAAUGGUGGAAAUUUGGGGAUGAGAAAUCGUACUUCCGACAUGCUGCUGGUGCACUUUUAAUACUCUCCAAAAAUUUGGCCCAGUAUAUUAACAUAAAUAGUGCAUCUCUAAAGACUUACGCUCAUGAUGAUAUAUCUGUGGGAUCUUGGAUGAUGGGUCUUCAAGCUACUUACAUUGAUGAUAAUCGUUUUUGUUGCAGUAGCAUUAAACAAGAUAAAGUGUGUUCUCUAGCAUGAUCAGAGCAUAGGAGAGGGACUUAACUUUCAUCAAAAUUCAUGUUCUACUUUGCUGUAAUGGAUGGCAUGCAUCUGUUGUUGCAUCCACUCAUUGUCAGGAUCAGUGGAGCAUCGACUAGAUAAUUCUUUCCAGAUGUGGCGAUUGGCUGCAAUUCUUUUAGGAUAAACACAGGUUAACGACAAUAUGAACUCAGAGUGGGCCAACUUUUGGCGUACGACUGCUCUCUGAUAAGUUUGUUGAUAGCCUUGCAUGAAUUGUGAUCAACAGAAUAGCUUCUCUACAUGUCAUCGAUCAUGUUUUUCUGUAUAUCCUUUUUUCUCAAGCUGCUGCUAAUGGAAAGUAGCGCAAACAGUAGUUUUUCAAUUUUCCAGCAUGAACAGCAAUACCAAGUUUUGUUACUGUUCCACCAAAUUAUUUGCAACAUUUAACAUUCUUAUCAUUGUGAUCACUGAUUAGCAGUAACUUGUAGCCUGAAGUGUUUAUGAGUGUUACACACACAUUAACACACUUGAUAAUCUCUCAUGAAUUUUAUCAGUAUGUUUAGGUGUCAAAA